GAGAUACUAUUCCACCUCAGAAUACACGAGUUCAACUAAUCCGUAAUUGUUUGUUGCAAGUGCAAAUCACUAAUGAAGUAAUUCCCUGUGUAUUUUAUCUGUGGGUGAGAAUCCGUUGUUUAUCAGUGAAUACAUUUGUCAUCAAUUCAUAUUUCUAUACGAUAUCAUAUUGCUGCUGGAAACUGCAGUGCAGCAUGGGCUGCACGGCUAGUGCUGCACCUUGUAAAACUGGUGGGGCAAGAUUAAUGACAACAAAAAUUCAUUUUAGUAAGGAACAAUUGGAGGGAUUAAACGGAUUCUUCCGGAGGUCCGUUGAACGUCAAGGGGUCACGUCAGAUAUCGACGAGAUUGAAUCAACAAUUGAGAGAUUGGUGCAGCGACUGAUCGCUGGAGUGAGCAAUCUGGAUGGCAGAUUUUCCUCCAUGUUUCUCGUUUCUCUGAAUGAGCGUCGACGGAUAAAAGAACUGAAGUUCGAGUACUUGUUACGUAUUGAUACCCUCUCGACUCCACCACUGGAUCCAGAUAUGGCGUCAGCUGUAUACCUCGAAGAAGAUUCAACGCUUCCAGGAUUCGCUCGACUUGGCUUACGUGGUGGUGAUAUCGAGCAUUGGGCUGAGUUUCUUGGACCUGAUGGCAGAUUGAGGCGGGAUCUGGUGAAAGCCAAACUCCUGAAUCUCUUAGCAGCUGCUACACAACAAGAUUCAAUGGACGGAGCGGAUGAACGGAUUUGUCAGUGUCCUGGACAGGUAAUCGAUGCUGAAACUUUGGAUAAAAUCCUGAAACAGCCGGAUCACUGCAGGAUUUUCUACGGAUCAGCAACCCCAGAAAAAGCACCAGAACCUCGUGAUCAUCGUGUUGCUCUGGUGGAGGACUCGAGUGGAAUACUCCUGCGUAUUGGCUUGAGGGGUCAUAAAAUCAGUGAAGUAGAAGUCAGGCUUUUGAUCGGCAUCGGUGUUUCAACGUGGUCAAUACAUGCCGAUUAUCCACGCAGAGUACCAUUACACCAUUGCGACGCACUUCUCCACUAUAAUGCAGCACAAAGCGGUAUGUAUGCUGUCGCAGUGGGACCGUAUCCCGGAGCUAGAUGCGAGGAUAGAUCGACACUCUGGCGUAUACGUGUGCCAGCUACUGAGACCAUCAUGAAUCAGCAUUACUCUGAAGAGAGUGUACCAGCACUGACGGAAUCCAUGCUAAUGUACAUCCUGGAUCAGCUGAGAGGUAGAGCACCUCUCAACAUCCCCAUGAAGUUAAAAAGAACUCUGAAGGUUGUGACACGUCACGUGAUAAAGACAAUUCAUUGGUGGUCGCUGGAGCGAGCUGGACCAGAUCCAUUGGCCUCAUGGUCACCAGAUACCCUGGCACGUCAUGUACUCCUAGUGCUCGACGAAUUGGUCAUGGCACUCAGAUGUCAAAGUCUGCGUUGCUACUUUCAUCCACGUUGCAAUGUUAUGCUCCAGUGCGCAAAAGAUGGACUCCUCCAUCCGGACGAGUGGUACGUGUCGGAUGCUCGGUUGCUGGAAGCCUACAUCCUGGCAUUGCACCAGUACUCCUUGAACUUGACCCCAUCUGAACCGCGACCCAGUGAUGUACUUGAGAACGAGUUGAUAGCGCGAUGGCGACGGGUGAUGGCAUCAUUACCCAGAGGCACCAUGGAGAGACCCAGUGGUUACAAUCCAAGGCAGUUGGCAUACUUGGGACUUGUUCUCCGAGAAGUUCUUAGACUGAGAAAACUUUCAGUCCACAAUAAUCUCAAUCACUGCAAUUACUUCAAUUACAUUCCUCAACACGAUAUCCAAUCAGACUCAACGGAGAACUUGAUAUACUUAUUGAUCCUAGUGUUGAAACAAGCACGUGAUCAAAUUUACGCGAUAACCGAUCGCAAGAAGCGUAAAAAUUAUGGGGGACGAAGACACAACGAGAGCAGUAGUCCGAGUAAUUUUGAACACUCCAUGGAUAUUCUCAUCGACAUAGUCCGGAGAGACCGAGAUACAGCUUACAUGGACCUCGAUAGCGACGUCGUCCUGGCUCGAGUACUCCUGAGAUGGUUGUACUUCGGUAUGGAGCACGAGAGAAAGACACUGGGUCCAAUUCUCCGACCAUACCUAGGCAAUCUAUUCAAUUCGUCUCAUGAGAAUGCUUGGCACGUUGAGUCUUGGCGAAAACGUCGUGAUAUAUUCAGCAGUGAGAUGCGUUCACUUGGCAUCUUCUGCAAGCUCGUUACAUCCCAAGAGGUAUCACCUGCCAACGGCAUUGUUGAGUCACUCUCAAAGGGUUGGUACUGGGCUGAGAGAACAACUAAAAUGAUUGAACGAUCUGAGGACGGCCUCAAGCUUGUCUUCAUGCCGACUGCUAAAAUUCUCAAAUACAGUCUCACUUUUGCUAAUAAUCAGGGCUUGAGUGCCUAUUCUAGUUGGAGUAAAGCGAGAAGUGUGGGAAAUGCUGCGAGACGUACGGCCAUGGCGAGGAUUAAUAUGAUGACCAGUGGAGAACGAUUUGGCGAGUUGACGGAUGUCAAUGAUGAGAAAAUUGAAGGUUUUGCUCGUCAUAUAAAAUUGAGGGAUUCGAGUCCAUUGACGCAUGUGGUAUCAAUGCAUCGGAGAAGAGGCAGACAACGAGGUCCUGGGGGUCUUGUUCCUGCACUCGUGUCCCUCAACAAAUUCCGAAUUCUACAAGAGGCUGCAGCAGUACUACCCCGUGAGGAACGACUGGCGAUGUUGGAUGCAGUUCAAAGGGUAUCAAGAGAAGCGUCUCGACGUCUGCGAAGAACCAGCUGUCCAGACCUCACAGCCCCAGGCAUCCUGAGGCAAACGUACACGCCAAGAUCAGAAAGUUAUUUAAUGGAUCCACCAUCGACGGCGCCUUGUCCUCGUCACCACAGCAUAAUAACAGAGCACCAGAGGCAAUUGCAAAAAGAAAUACUGGAGAUGCAUGAUAGUUUGUCACGUGGUCUGUGUCCAAGAACAAGUACGAGCCCCUGGGAGACAAAUUCAGUUCUAUCCUGGACAUCUUCACUCCGUUCAAUCGGAAGGAGUAGAAUUCGCAGGAGUCGACCGACAAUUUGGAACAGAACUCGUACUUCGAUGAUGUGGGAUAGUGUCGGUAGCAAUGGUAAUUCCACCAAGUGCAAAUCUGAGGAGAUGAUCAGCCGUGAGGAGUCACCCAAGUGGAGCAACUCGGACGGUAGAAUUUCGAGAAGUGAAAUUGGUGGUGACGAUGAGAUUCUACCGUCUUGGGAAUUUCUGGAGGCAACCUUGAACCAGAAGCUGCUUCAUUACAACAAAAGCGAUGAUAAUCAUGAGCUCAAUUCCCGGAACUCAAGACAAAAUCAGUGAGGAAUUAACAAAACCCCGAA